GAAGAGAAAGAGGUGAAGAAACCACCUAAAGAAGAGAAAGAGGUGAAGAUGCCUCCUAAAGAAGAUAAAGAGGUAAAGAAACCAUCUAAAGAAGAUCAAGAGGUAAAGAAACCAUCUAAAGAAGAGAAGGAGGUGAAGAAACCAUCUAAAGAAGAGAAGGAGGUGAAGAAACCUCCUAAAGAAGAGAAAGAGAUAAAGAAACCAUCCAAAGAAGAGAAGGGGGUGAAGAAGCCUCCUAAAGAAGAGAAAGAAGUUGAGAAACCAUCUAAAAAAGAGAAAGAGUUGAAGACGCCUCUUAAAAAAGAGAUAGAGGUGGAAAAGCCUCCCAAAGAGAAAGAGGUUAAGUCUUCAAUGCAAAGGAAAGAAGCGAAGAAACCCUCUAGGGAGGAGAAGGAAGAGAUUAAGCCAUCAGAGGAGGCACAGGAGAUCAAGAAAUCUACAAAAGCGAAAAAAGAAGACAAAGACCUUGUCAAGAAAAGAGACACAGAGACAGACACCAGACGCAAAAAGGCUGCAAGUAGAAUCAAAGUAGUCAAGAAAGAAGUUGCAUCUGUGCUGAAGAAGGAACAUCUUAAUGUUACAAGAGCAGCUGCAGAGCCCAAGAAGACUACAAAGGUGCUGAAAGCUGCUAAAAGGCAGGUCGUUCCAAUUCUGAAGAACGAGCAUAUGAAUGUCACACAAUCAG